CUAGAAUAAUGCCCUGGAGGUAUUUUUGCCCUUCCAUAAUUUUUUUCCCUGCAACACGACAUUGAAGUUCACUAUAAUCUCUGCGGGUAAACUAUCUUCGCCCUUAUCAUUUCGUAUUUAUCAUACUUUAAAUAUUUGACAAGGAUUUGAUAAUGUCGUUAGGGUUGCGCUCGUGCCUAGGAAUGACUUUUCUCCAUUUUUUGAAAGGGGGUUUCCACGAGUAGUGAUGAGAUUGUUGCUUGUUUCUUUGGGGCUAUCCACCGUUUAUCUUGUAAUCGAGCUCUUUUUUUCUUGGAUUACUUUUAUUUGCUGUGAGGUGCUCAUGAUUUUCUUGGUAGUGUUUUCAAGCUAUCAAAUCUAAGUAAACUCUUGUUAAGUUUAGUAGGGAGUAACUUAUUUGCUUGGAUGCUUGUAUGAAUUUGAAAAGAAAAACAUUUGACAUUAAAAAUUUUCUAGUGCCUUUGUUUGUGAUUUUCUUGAUGCCAUUGAUAUUUGAUAUGAUAAUUGACCUGGCUUUUCUAACAGGUUACUACCCAUUACAAAUUUUGUUCUAGAUUCCCUCAGAAAUGAUGCAAAAAUGGGUUGCCUUUUGUAAAUGAAAUCCAGAUGCUCUAAGAUUUGUAACGUUACUGCUGGUUGGAAUGAGGGAGACUUAGAAGCUAACCUUGUAAAGGUUGUGGUUAAACUAAAAAAAAGUUGUUAUGGUAAUCAUAUAGGAGACUUAAACACCACUGUAUGUCACUAAUGUUUGUUUAGAAUGUAAGUGUUGACUAGAGAAGAUGGAGCUUUGGCAUACAAGAUUGUUAACAUGUUACAAGUUAUGUUCUAACUUGUGUUUCAGAGUUCUUGUUUGUUGAUAGUUUCUGUGAUGUGUCAGCUUUGUUUUAAGAGAUAUUAUUCCUUAUUUACUCUUGGUCGCUCUUGGAUGCCUUCAGUUUUUCCAUUACUCGUGUCCUUUUGAUUACUUAGUUUGGAAAGCCCCUAAGAAAAGUGCCUGCAAGUGGGUCUUGACAAUCUUGUUUUGUACAGCUGUGCUGGUAAUAGUCAUAAAAUAAGAAGCUUAGGAAUGCAAUAGAAAUAUUGCUAAAGAUGGACAAUAUAAUAGCACCUGCAUCUGCUAUUUCUCAUGCCUCUUCUCUUGGCUUUGAACAUGCUGCUGCCCAUACCACUAGUGAAGAUGAAGAGAAAAAAGGUUCAAAGACCCUCCCGGGAUUUAUUUUCUUGUGUAAUGGAAGGUCAAAACCAGAAUGUUACCAGUUUCGUGUUUUUGGUCUCCCAUUGAGUAAGGUGGAUGUUGUGGAAAAGAUUAAAACAGGCACAAAGCUUUUCCUGUUUGAUUUUGACUUGAAGCUUCUAUAUGGUGUUUAUGAGGCAACUUCAAACGGGCAAGUGGGAUUGGAACCUCUUGCUUUUGGAGGCAAAUUUCCAGCUCAAGUACAGUUCAGAAUUUACAAGGGAUGUCUUCCAUUGCAUGAGACAUCUUUUAAACAUGCAAUUAAAGAUAACUAUAAAGGCUCCAAGUUUAAGCAAGAACUUGAUGAACAUCAAGUCACACAUCUUACAUCAUUGUUUCGUCCCCUCUCUGAAGCAUCAUCAUCAGCUGCACCCAUUCCACCGGCUAACAUUUGCUCUACUUUGCCAAAUAUGGAUAAUCAAAAGGGCAUUCACCUCUUGCCAAUGAAACAGCACGUUCAGCACUCGCCAACUCUGCGAUAUGGGGAAGAUCCUUAUGCUACCAAAAUUGAACAAGUUCAUUUUCAAAACAUCCAAAUGCCACAGCAUGGCUGGCAGGGGAAUGUACCUGUUAGAGAUCAUGGCCAAUUUGCCAUUCAUCAAGGAUUUUCAGCCCCUAGUGAGCGAUUUAAUACUGCAGAUUGUCAAUCACAUUUCGCGCCAUCCCAUUAUCCAUACCAUACUGCAAACCCUAAUCUCAUGCCUCCCAUCCUCCAAUAUACUGCAGAUGCUCAAGAACGAAAUAUUGCAGCUCAUAUUCAGCCAUAUCCAUCUCAUGAGUCUCAAAAACUAAAUGUGAACGUUUCCGAUUGCUCAUAUUAUACUGGAAGUGCUCAACAACCAGAUAAUACCACUUCUGGCUACCCAUAUUAUAAGACAGAUUCCCAACAAGUAAAUUGUGCAGCUCUGAGUCAUCAAUAUUAUUCUACUGGCUCUCUGGACCCAAAUGUUGCCGUAUUUAGUCGCAUGUCCUAUGCUGUGAAUCCUCAACAGCUCAAUACUACAGCUUACGUCCAGCAAUAUUGUUCUAUGGAUCCUCAACCACUAAAUGUGGUAGCGACAAGCCACCCUUGCUACACUGGUGAUCCUCAGCUAGGAAAUGGCACAGCACCUGCUCAACCAUAUUGUAUUGCUGAUUCUCAUCAAGACUAUGUUAUCAAUGGUUCUGCUCAACUGAGACAGGAAUGCUAUAUUAGGUCAGUGCAAGAGGCGGUUCCCCAGAAUUCACAGCCAUUGCCCGAACAGAUGCAUCACCAGGCUGCUCUUGUCUUCAACUCCAACCCCAUUCUCCCAACCCCUUAUUUAAUGAACUAACUCACCAUGAAGCUGCUCAAGCAGCUAAGCUUCAUCUAAAUUCUCACUCUAGAACCUGUUAUUAAGUAGUAUGUGCAACUAAUGAACCUUAUUUGUUUUUUGUGGAAGGUUGUAGAAAUGAUGAAAACUAAGUAUCAGCACUUUGUAGUUCUGCUUGAAUGGUGUUGCAUUAUCUUUUGGAAACAGUUUACAUCUGCCCUAAUGUGCUGUAGGGAAAUGGUGAAAUUAAAACCCAAUGAGGAUCUGUGGAUAUUUUCAAUCCUUAAUUGUAACGUCCUAGAAGCCUAAGAAGUAGUCACUAAUUUAAGCAAAUAAAUAUUAGUUUAAUAC